AUGUCGUCUGUAAUCUUUCAACCAUUAUUACAUGAUCCACUUGGAUGGAAAUCAUCAAAUACAACAUAUGCCGAUACGUUUAAAUGGAGAAAACAUCGAUCGACUAGUAAAGAUAAAAAGACUUCAUCCUAUGGACAACAGUAUCAAAGACAACUACGAAAGAAGCAGCAACAACAACAACAGCAAAUAAAUACUUCUUUGCCAUCGACAACAACAGCAGGAGAGCAAACAUUUCAACGAGUUAUUUCAGCGAAAAAAAUUGAGGAAAAUCGAGAUGCAGCACCUCGGUUGAAUAGAUGCUUAUCAUCAAAAUCAGCACCUGCUUUUAUUGAAGAAACUCAAGUUUCUAAUGCUGAACUUAAACAACGAACUGCUUCAACAAACAGAGAAGCCACCUGUGGCUCAAGAGCCUCGCAGCGUCCCCCAACAGCUCCGCCAGCUGUCGAAGAAACAGUUCGUCCAGCAACAUCACUCGAAAUUCGGCGAGCUUCAAAGGAAGAAAAAGAAAAGGUUACAAUCGAUGCCAAUAAUGAUAAUAGCCGUCACUGGCUGACCUAUCCAAAUCCUAAAACACCUCAAUAUCUAGUUGAUGUCAAACAACGUUUGGGACAAUUAAAAAUUCCUUCAACACUUGCUCGACCAACAUCCGAAUCAAAUUUAUCUGCUGAGCAGCAGCAGCAACAACAACAGCCAAGUCAGCAACUUCAACGUUCAGAAUCUUCUGUUACACAACGUUCACAUCAACAAAAUGCUGCCGAACAACGACACUUAUUCGAUUUCAAUCUUCCUCAAACACCAGCUGAUUUACGUGCUGCACGUAAUCGUAUCGAUAAACAUCGGUAUAAUCCUUCAUUGGAUAAUUUUCCAAUACGUCCGCAAACAUGUCCAAUUCAAAGUCAUGAUACUCCGAAACCAAUAACACCAUUGGUUGUCGUUGAAACUAAAGACGAACAAUUACCGCCGAUUGAAACCGAACCAGUCAAAGACGAUGCAUGGACUAAUAAUAAUAAUAAUAAUGAUAAUAAUAAUAAUAAUAAUGAAGAACCGAAAACAGACGAACAUGAAAUGUCAACAAUCAUGCUACAACCAGUUGAUGUCGAUAGUUAUCCCAAUGACUACGUCGAAGCAGUUGAAGCUGCAAAUAGAGCACAGGAACAGUAUUUUAGAAAUUUCAAUACAAAUGAUGAAAAGAAACCUGAAAAUUGUGUUUAUCGUCUUCCAGCGAUGCCAACGGACUAUAAAAAUGAUUCAUUUAUUGCUUAUCGUAAUCAACAACGAUCAACAACACCAAAUGCUAAUUUAAUACGAGGUAAUGAUUUUGGUUCUUGGGUCCGAAAUGCUACGAAUCGAGAACGUGAAUCAGCAAUGAAAAUUUUACAGGACGUUUUAAAUCAACCUGUUAUGGGUUAUGACAUUCCAACAAAACCAAAAGCAGUCUUCAAACAACCACCCGUACCACCACCUGUUCGUACAAGUUCAGGAACACGAAAACUAGGUCGUACUCGUACACAUCAACGUCUUCCAUGUGAAAUAUGUGAAAAACAACUUAUUAAACAUCAGGUCUGGAAUUUAAGUCGGUCAGAAACAUUGAGUUGUCCGCAUGAAGCUCAGACAAUCAAGCAACCAACAAUUCAAGUUCGAGCAUCAUAA